AUGGAUGUCAGCUACUUCUCGAUACAGCGUCGUGCCCUGGAAAUUGUGGGCUUCGAGCCCAGCACCCAGCGCCUGCAGAUGAAGCAUCCGCUGUGGGCGGCGCUGCUCAUCUUGUCGCUGGUCUCCCACAACUGGCCGAUGGUCGUCUAUGGCCUGCAGGAUCUCAGCGAUCUGACCCGCCUCACCGACAACCUGGCCGUGUUCAUGCAGGGAUCGCUCUCCACCCUCAAGUUCGUGGCCUUCAUCGUGAAGCGGCGACGCAUCGGCGCUUUGGUGCAUCGCCUGCAUGGCCUCAACCGGGAGGCGUCUGCCGACCCGCAGCAGCUUGAGAGGAUCCUGCAGGAGAACCGAUUGGACACGUAUGUAUCGCGGGCGUUCAGGAAUGCCGCCUACGGGGUGAUUGUUGCCUCUGCGGUUGCCCCCAUGCUGAACGGCCUGAUUGCCUACCUAACCGACGGCGUCUUCCGGCCGACCACGCCCAUGGAGUUCAACUUCUGGCUGGACGAGCGGCAGGCCCGCUUCUACUGGCCCAUCUACGCCUGGGGCGUGCUGGGCGUGGCCUCCGCUGCGUGGCUGGCCAUAGUGGCGGACACGCUCUUCUCCUGGCUGGUCCACAACGUGGUGGCACAGUUCAAGCUGCUGGAACUGGAACUGCAACUGCAGGACAAGCAGCAGCCCGGUGACCACCUGGUGGAGUGCAUUCGACGUCAUCGCUUGGCCCUGGACCUGGCCGGAGAGCUGAGCGCCAUCUUUGCGGAGAUCGUGUUCGUGCAGUACAUGCUGAGCUACCUGCAGCUGUGCAUGUUGGCGUUCCGCUUCACCCGCAGCGGCUGGAGCUCCCAGGUGCCCUUCCGCGCGACCUUCCUGCUGACGGUCUUCAUCCAGCUGAGCUCCUACUGCUACGGCGGGGAGUACCUCAAGCAGCAGAGCUCCGGCGUGGCCCUGGCCGUCUACUCGGACUGCGAUUGGUCGCAGAUGCCACCAGCCAGGCGUCGCCUCUGGCAAACGAUGAUGAUGCGGGCCCAAAGGCCCGCCAAGGUGUUUGGCUACAUGUUCGAUGUGGAUCUGCCGCUGCUGCUUUGGGUAACAAGAACGACGGGAUCGUUUCUGGCCCUGCUCCGGACAUUCGAGCGCUAA